UUGUCCCUGGGCGGUAUCCUCACUCGUCUGGACCCGGUUGCUUGCUUGCGGCUGUGCUAGGAGGUCGCGCAGGCAGGAGGCCUCGGUCGGAAGGGAGGGAGCGGUAGCAUCCAGGCAAGAUGUACUAUCCUGUUUCCAGCCUUCUUCCUCCAGCCCUGAGAAGAGGUGGUCCUAUAACUGGAUAGCAUCUGGCCAGGGGGACAACAUGCCAACUGCCAAGCAACUAGCCGACAUUGGCUACAAGACCUUCUCCACCUCCAUGAUGCUCCUCACUGUUUACGGGGGCUACCUCUGCAGUGCCCAAGUCUACCACUAUUUCCAGCGGCGCAGCUCCCAGCGCCAGGCUGCAGAAGAACAGAAGACCUCGGGAGUCCCGUAGAACUGGGGGGCUUUUUUCCUUGAGCAGAGAGACCUGAGGCAUGUUGUGGAAAGACCUCACCUGCAAUCAUUUCUGAGUCAAGAGGAUCAGGGCCUUAAUGGUUUUCGAACUCUGCUGGGAAAAAGUGCCCAUGUUUUCUCUGGUACAGUCAGUUUGGAGAGGCUAUUGAAUCAUAACAGGAAUGGGAGGGUGAGGCACACCUACAGACAUUAAACAUUUUGCCAU